GCUCCUGCAUCUCUGCGCAUUCUACCGAAAUUGGCGCAUACUACAAUUAUUAAAAAAAGUGUACAACCAAUUGCCGCUAGGUCUGUAACACUUUCAACACCAACGAUCCAGCUGGAUAAGCCAGUUGCAACUGGAAGAGAAUCGCUAUUAAAACAGCAAAAUCAGUUAACACAGCAAAAUACCCUUAAGACAACAACAACUACACUUUUACAGCAACCGCCCGUAAAACUAACGACACAACAACAACUUCCGAAACCGUUCACCAUACAGACAAAUAACUCUAUACGCCCAAAUACCCAAAACUCCACUUUAAAACAAACCAUUUUACCAUCUAAAGCUUAUAAAUGGCAAACAACUCAAGAAUAUCUGAUGGCUAAAAGGCAAUCUACCGCAAACGGAUUGACUCAGCAAAAUAAUCCUGCAAAAUUAGCCACAAAUCAGCAAAUAACAAAACCAUUGAAUAUACAGGCUAAAAACUAUACACCGCAAAUUUCAAUGACUUCAGUUCCAAAACCUCGUAAGUUGCUGCCUAAACCUCAGGUACCAACGGCUACGCUUCAGACAAAUGUUACACCUCAGCAACGUUCAGAGCCGCAGUUCCAAUAUAUUGAAUUCAUAAAUGAAGCGUUAUUUGAUUAUGAGGAAACUAAUAAAAAGCAAGUUAUUUCAGUGUCUGAUUCUGAAGAUAAUACCGCAGAGAUUGAGGAAAAAACUCUAGAAUAUUUGUUGCAAAAACGCAAAACCCCCUCAAUCGACUUAGAAACGGAAACGCGGCACGCAGAGUGUGUUUCAAAAUGUGUUCAAACCGAUCAACCAGAUGAUGAUCGAGUUUAUUGCGGCUUCGUAAAUGUUACAAAAGAUGGGUCUGACAAAUAUUUUAAUCUUCGCUGCUUUUAUUGCGAUGCAGAGUAUCCGAUAUCGUUUUAUUCAGAUUUUUCUGAUCAUAUAAAUGAAAAUCAUGGUAACCUGGAAAAGAUUCAUGUCAAUGAAAACCAUGGGAACUUGGAAAUGUUUCAUGUUGAAAACGAUGAUAAGAAUACUACAAAUGAAAUGGUAUUUAGCGAUUUUUCUGAUUCGAGUGACGAUAUGCCACAAGAAGAUUCGCAACAUAGAAAACUCUUUAUCAACUUAAUCGAUACGGGAGCUAAGGAGACAUAUAUUCCAUCAAUGAAAAACAAGAAGGAACUGUUACCAGAAGAUUUUGACGAUGGCGAGGAGCCUGAAACCGGAAGUGAAUCAGAAUCAAAUUACAUGUGUGUAGAAAAAUAUGACCCCAAUAUUGAUCACUGCUACAGUCAAAGCGGCUCAAAUAAAUUCAAAUUCAAGAGUGAUGCACAGCCAGUGGAUGAGAUAAUUUUCGGCAAAACAUCACGUGAGAUUGUGUUGGAUUUUUUGGAUCAUUUAAAAGGAUUCUCGUGUUUGUGGCGCCAUCGUGACUUGGCGCCGGUGAAUUAUGAUAAUGAACUGUUGGAUUUGAUGGAUAUAUUGGUAGACAAAUGGGGACUGAAUUUGAAAAUACGACCUUUUCGCAAAAAUUUGGAGAAUAUAAAAUCUUGGUAUAUUGGGAUGACCAUAUCGAAAGAAGAGAUGGGUGAAAAAUUCAAUGAACACACAUAUAUCGAUUUCUAUAAAAAAUGUGCAGAAUACUUGCCCGUUGGAAACACGAGUAAACAACAUAAAAUUCACUGUAAUCUGUGCGAUCGUUUUUGUUUUGACAUGAUCGGCUUACAGAUGCACAAAUAUAGAAAGCAUAAAAUUGGGCAAUUGCCCCAUGGGUGUAGUAAGUGCGACAAACGUUUCGAUUACGUGCACAAAUUGCGUCGCCACAUACUGAAGAAUCACACGAUCAUUCCGGUGCCGAUUCGUAAGUAUGUUCCACCCAAACCUGCACCGCCGCCGGAGCCUGAUACCAAAUGCUUCGAAUGUAACACUGACUUUCCCAAUUCAGAGGAAUACAAAAGACAUUUGGAAAUCCAUCCUAGAGGUGACUGCCCUUAUGCAUGUGAAGAGUGUGGACGUCGAUUUAAAACUGUCUCUGUUCGUAAUUCGCAUAAAAAACGCCAUCAAGAGCCAAGCUUUCAAUGCUUAUUGUGUCCGAAAAAAUUCUUUUUCGCGUAUCACUUACAACAGCACAUUAGUUGCCACAAAGGUGAUCCGAACUAUAUUUGUGAAUUGUGUGGAAAAACAUUCAUCCGUCAAAAAUUAUUCAAGGAACAUGUCGACUAUGUGCACCUCGGUCGUGGCUAUUGUAAAAUUUGUGAUCGUCACUAUCAUAAGAGGUCUAUACUCCAUAAACAUUUAUGUAAUGUGCAUCGACCGGUAAUUGGCUCAGUUGAUGAUCUGGCAAAACGUCGUCGUCAAAUGCUCCGCGAACCGGGAAGUAGGAAGGGCUUAGGGGCAGGACCCCGCCCCCAAACAAGAAAGUACACAUACUUGACUGAUCCUGUGACGCAAAAACGUCGAAUCGCAUGUCCCAAAUGUGAUAAGAGCUAUUGUCAAUAUGAUUCUUUAUACGCACNGCUUUGUUCCAAGCAGUUUACCAAAUUUAAAGGAACAGUCGCCGGUAAAAACCGAGGCAGCACCGUGUGUCAAAAGCGAAGAGUUUGA